AUGUCCGGAUUUAAAAUCAAAGUCCCAGCAUCCUCAGCCAACAUCGGACCUGGGUUUGACGUCCUCGGAAUAGGAUUACAACUCUAUUUAGAAUUAAAAGUCACCAUCGAACCCGAAAUCGACACCUCAUCCGACCCAUAUCAUGUUCUUCUCACCUAUGAAGGAGAUCUUGCUGCCAAUGUCCCCUUAUCUUCCGACAAAAACCUCGUCACCCAAUCGGCAUUAUAUGUCUUAAGAUGUAAUGGGAUUGACAAAUUCCCCAGUGGGACCCAUAUUCAUGUCACGAAUCCGAUUCCAUUAGGUCGUGGAUUAGGAUCGAGUGCGAGUGCGAUUGUGGGUGGGGUGGUGUUGGGGAAUGAGAUUGCGAAAUUGGGUUUUGAUAAGAUUAGAUUAUUGGAUUAUUGUUUGAUGAUUGAAAGACAUCCUGAUAAUAUUGCUGCUGCCAUGUUGGGAGGUUUUAUUGGAUCAUAUUUGAAUGAAAUGGAGUUGGAACAUAUGGAACAUAAGAAUGUACCCUUGGAAUGCAUUUUACCUAGACCAAGUACUCCUCAAGAUAUGAUUGUAUCAAAACAACCUCCUAUGAAUAUUGGGGAAUAUUUACAAUAUGAUUGGUGUAAAAAGAUUAAAUGUGUCACGGUUAUUCCUAAUUUUGAAUUGAGUACUGAUAGUGCAAGAGCUGUUUUGCCUGAAAGUUAUAAUCGAGAAGAUAUUGUUUAUAAUUUACAAAGAAUUGCCAUUUUAACUUCUGCUUUAACUCAAUCUAAUCCAAAUAAUAAAUUAAUUUAUCAAGCUAUGAAAGAUAAGAUUCAUCAACCAUAUCGUGCAAGUUUGAUACCUGGAUUACAACAAGUUUUGGAUUCAAUUACUCCAUUGAGUCAUCCUGGAUUAUGUGGGAUUUGUUUAUCAGGUGCUGGUCCAACUAUUUUAUGUUUGGCUACUGAAGGGUUUGAUGAGAUUGCUAAUUCUGUAAUUGAGAUUUUUAAACAAGCUGGAGUUCAAUGUGAUUGGAAAUUAUUGGAUUUGGCUUAUGAUGGUGCAACUGUUGAACAGCUUUAG